AUGGAGAAACAGUUUCUGUCGCUGUUUGAGUCAGCAAAGAAAUCUGCAGCCCUUGUGGCCACUUCUGCUUCAAUAUUUCCUGAAGUUUAUCAAUGCCUAGAUGCUUUGGACCAGCUUAAGAGGUUCCCCGUAACAUCAUCCAGGGUUCUUGUCUCCACUCCUGUUGCAAAAGAAGUUCAAUAUCUCACAAAACACCGUGUAAAGAUGAUCAGAACUGCUGCUUCUUGCGUGCUGGAUGCUUGGUGUAGGAAUCUGUACGAAAGAAACCCUGCCAUUGAUGGUAAAACUCAGCCAACAAAAUCUACAAGUGGGUCAAGAACGGGGACUCUUUUUGUCAAGAUACACGGAAGAGUAAUAGGAAGGGUUAAAGUUAACAUGCCUAUUCAGACGGAGAAGAAGAUAAAAGAAGAGAGAGAAAAUGGUUUCGGUUGUUUCAAGAAACCACCACAAGAUCCUGCCAUGCGCUGCACAAAGCCAGGGAAAGUACAAAUUAUCAGGCGCUGUUUCAAGAAACCAUCUACCAAGCGCGUCACAAGGCAAGAGAAUGUGAAAGAUUCCUGUAGUUUCAAGAAACCAUCAGAAGAACCUGUCAAGUGCAGUGAUGGCUUGCGUAGCAAGGUCAGGCACAUUCUUGUGGAGUCAUUGGGCAGAGUUGCAAAGGAGGUUAAAGAGGAUUUGAUGGAAGAAGUAAGAGUGCGUGACCCAAUUAUUGUUGCUGCUGAUGUUGAAUCACUGAUGUUUGAAAGGAUGGGGCUUUUCAGUGGCACCAAACAAUUGAGGUACAGGUCAAUAUUGUUCAAUAUGAAGGAUCCAAAGAAUCCAGAUUUGAGAAGGAAAGUUCUUCUUGGACAGAUUAAGCCAGAGAAACUCGUGACUAUGACAGCAGAAGAGAUGGCAAGCAAUCAAAGGCAAUUCGAGAAUGAUCAAAUCAGGAAGAAAUCUUUGUGGAAGGAGAAGAAUGUAGAACAAAUCAGUGGAUCCAAUGGAAUUUUGAGGCCUUAG